ACAAGGACAUCAACAACAACAUCCUUCUAAGGCGUUUAUGACCAACCUUAUCUAUCGUGCCACCGGUCACAUGUCCCAUGAGUAGGGAAACCCAACAGUCAGAAAUCUCCCCUUCUAACAUCUGCUUGAACAGAGCCUUUGAUUAGCUCUCGCUAGGUGUCGUUACUGACAACCCCACAGAAAUGACCUCAUCUGACCUGACCUGUGGAGUGCGGUUGGGGAAACUGGACAUCGGAAGCCACAUGUCUUAAUUUGGCAGUUUGGAUCGAUCCAAUGUGAGUACUGUGCAAGAAAGGAGGUCAUAUAACCUCCUUGGUGCAAGUGACCUUUUAUAACUGAAGUAAAACACAUUGGCAGCAACACUUUGUGCUUUCAGGCAGGUAGCCUACUAGGCAUCAUGACAACCAACUCUCCAUCCAGUAUCUCCAGCCUGGACACUCCUGCUCUUCUGGUGGACAUAAGAAAAGUGGAGAGAAAUGCGACCACCAUGGCUCAGCGGUGUCACCAGAUGGGUGUGUCGCUGCGACCACACAUGAAGACUCAUAAAACAAUUGAAGCUGCAGAAAUCAUGACCAAUGGUACAAAAUGCCACAUCGUGGUCUCCACCCUUGCUGAAGCAGAGUUCUAUGCCAGCCAUGGUUUUGAUGAUGUACUGUUUGCACAACCUCUGACUCAAGAAAAAGUGCCUCGAUGUGCUCAACUUGUAGCCCAGCUGGAGGAGUUCCAUGUGAUGAUUGACAGUACAUCUGGGCUUGAUGCCAUCAGUAGCAGACGUGUGCCAGGGAAACAGUGGUCUGUAUUCAUCAAGGUGGACUGUGGCUAUGGCAGGGCUGGAGUUAGUCAUGACUCAGCGGAUGGUGUACAGUUGGUGCAGUACUUGGUGAGCACACCAGGGGUGAAGUUUGCAGGCCUGUAUGCUCACUGUGGAGACUCGUACAACGCUGAUAGUCCAGAGGAAGUCAAGGCCAUUGGCCACCGCACAGCUCAAAACAUUCUGGCUUUUGCUGCAAAACUGAAGAAGGAAGGCAUAGAGUGCCCCACAGUCAGUAUAGGAUCCACACCAACAUGUAGCCAACCAGCAGACACGAUGGCCCAGCUGACAGAGGUGCACCCUGGCAACUACAUAUUCUAUGAUGUUCAGCAGUCCUUACUUGGUUCAUGCCAGCUGGAGGAUAUUGCAGUCCAAGUGAUGACUCGUGUGAUUGGUCAUUACCCCGUAAACAACCACCUGCUGGUGGACUGUGGUUGGACGGCGCUGAGCCUCCACAGUCUGGGGCAGCUCCCCACGGGAUUCGGUAUUAUUGACGGACAUCCUGAGCUGAAGCUGUCAUCAAUGACCCAGGAGGUGGGGAAGGUCCAUGCUGUGGAGGGAACCCUGGACUUUGACAAAUAUCCCAUCGGAACAGUGCUCAAAAUACUGCCAUAUCACGCCUGUGCUACAGCCUGUAUGCACCCCAAGUACUAUGUCCAUUCUGGAGAGGCCAUCGUUGCUGUGUGGAAGCCGUGCAGAGGCUGGUGAAUGGUUUCUGGAGAAUUCUGCACAUUGACUGCGACUGUUUCAUGUAGACAUUCGAUGGUGCAGUCUUAAUGGCAGUGCUCGAAACUUUCUUCAGCCAGGUUGCUCGGGCGGCAACCUGAGUUAAAAGCCAGGAUGCGCCAUCAGCAUUUUAGGUUGCCCCACGGUUAUCACUUUCUUGUAGGUAGUUAGCCAUUAUUUUUCGGUCACGUGUGUUAUAUCUUAUCAAGAAAUGAAUACGAAAGCUUAUGCACGUGGUGGAGGACAAGUGGUGUUCCAACUGAAAAGUUUCAGGUGGUGCUACAGUUGCGCCAAGCAAAAUGUGGUUGCAUUUGCAAGUGUGCAAGUGGGUAUUUCGAGCACUGUAAUGGCUCUAAACAUUUGAUGAUAGAUCUAUGAAAUUGAAUCAACAUAAGAAAAAACAAUAAAAAGCAAAUCAAGUAUUUUGAGUUAAACAACGUUGUUCCUGUAACGUUACUCAAAGUCCAAGCUGAUGUGGUGGCAGAUUGUAACGUUUUUUGACAGCAGAGCAUCUUGAACAGACAGGUGGGAUAGGUAUCAGAUUCUGCAGAUGGAACUGGUGGAAAUGUUGUGUUGUGGUGGAAAUGAGACUUUAAAAGAGUAUAACUGAAUCUUGAAUGGGGUCAUGGGUUGUCAUGAAUUUUUUGGUGUAAUAGUGAUUAGAUGCUGAUUAUAAAAACCGGGAAUUAAUUUGCAUGGUUGAUGUGGAAAUUUUAUUCAUCUGCCAAAAUCCAUGAUAGGAUGUUCAAACAGGUGACAAAAUAUAUGUAACUUAAUAAAGAGAUUAACAUUAUUAUCUUCGUACUGUGGAAUCAAUAGAAAUAUAUUUGAAUUUUGUGCUUUAAUUUGAUUUGGUUAUAUGAUAAGCAGAAAAUAUUUGAAUACCAUAGCUUCAAGGCAUUUCAUAUUUUGGCAUUUUGCAGUGAGGUAUUUGAUUGGUGAAUAAGGUGAAUGUUAAUGAUUUUAGAUAGCCUCUAACUUGGAUGUGCUAAGAUGAUAUUUUAAAAUUCAUAUGUGAUAAUUUGGGGAAAUGUAGGUAAAACAAAUGUUAUGAGUAUAAUUAACAGAUUGUAACAACGGAUUCAUUCAAUCUAGUUGUUGGAAAUAUGUAUAGACCUUCUAUUGCCCCAGAAAUGGAGAGAGAUUAAAACUGUUCAGAAAGA